AUGAAUGACGCUCCCGUCCGAGCUAUGCCACUACUUUCCCAAAUAUGGUAAACCUUCCAACACCAAUUAAAUCUCUUGCAUCUUAAUAUAAGUCCAUCUGAUGUACUUUAGCACAGUACUGUUUAUAGUAAGCUGUUAUAUGACGUAGCUUUUACUUUUAAUAACAAUGCGUGACCGCUUGACAAAAUUAUAUGCUUUGACUGAAAAAAAAAAUGAAAAAAAACCCCGCAUCUUUAACACAAAUACAUAAUAAACUAAUACAUAAUCAAUCUCGCUCCAUCCCUAAAAUAAGUUUAGGUGUUAUAAAAUUUUAGACAAAAGGUGAAAUUACCAUUUGCAGCUGGCAUUUGAAAUUAAAACCUAUCACGUGAAUCAAAAACAUAACUCAGCGUAAUGUGUAUGUCCUUAACAGUAAAUUAAAAGGGCAUUAGUGUCGAAUUAAUGUUUCUUUUGUGGCGUGCAUCGACCAUGGCUGAGAUUACGAUGGACGGUAGACAGGUACAACAUAUCCCAAUAUCCUUUGCUCUCAGGAAAAUCCCAUCUCGCGAGAAUUUGGGAUCUUCAAAACACAUUUUUUUUCCUUGAGUCUUGUUUUUGUUUUUAUUUUGUUCACCGUCGAAACUGACGUCGAUAAUUUCACGUCUACUAGUGAGUUAACGGAUUUUACAUAAGUCAGUCUGGCUUAUCAGAAGAGCUAGAACGUAAAUACGGAAGUUGACAUCUUUUGUUCGCAGCUCUUUUUAUCGCCAGAGAUGGGAAUGUUUCCAUAGCGGAGGAAGCAAACGGGAAGCUAACUGUCCACAUAAACUUUAUUUUAAAUACAUAUAUCAGUCUUCAACAGUCAUUUACACUUAAACAUGGGUUCAAUACUGAGUCGAAGGAUUGCUGGCGUUGAAGACAUCGAUAUUCAAGCCAAUUCAGCGUACAGAUAUCCCCCCAAAUCAGGAAAUUAUUUUACCAGUCAUUUUUUCAUGGGUGGAGAAAAGUUUGACACACCCCAUCCAGAGGGAUAUCUUUUUGGGGAAAAUAUGGAUUUGAAUUUCCUUGGCAACAGACCUGUGCAGUUUCCCUAUGUGACACCAGCACCGCAUGAGCCUGUCAAGACGCUGAGGAGUUUGGUGAACAUCAGGAAGGAUUCAUUACGACUUGUCAGGUAUAAGGAUGAUUCGGACAGCACGCCAGAGGACACAGGCGAUCCAAAGGUCCUUUACAGUGUUGAAUUCUGCUUUGAUACUGAUGCCAGAGUGGCUAUUACAUUAUACUGUCAAGCCUUUGAGGAGUUUGCCAAUGGGAUGGCAAUAUACAGCCCCAAGAGCCCUUCAAUGGUGUCUGAGACGGUCCAUUACAAAAGAGGGAUUAAUCAGCAAUUUUGUCUGCCAUCCUUCAAGAUUGAUUUCACCAAAUGGAAGCCUGAAGAGCUGAACUUUGAUCUGGACAAAGGCGUUUUCCCUUUGGUGAUCCAAGCAAUAGUGGAUGAUGGAGAUGAUGUUACCGGGCAUGCACAUGUUCUUUUGGCAGCUUUUGAAAGGCAUGUUGAUGGCAGUUUCUCAGUGAAACCUUUGAAACAGAAGCAAAUCGUGGACCGUGUGAGCUAUCUGCUGCAGGAGAUUUACGGCAUUGAAAACCGCAACAAUCUGGAGACGAAGUCAACAGAGGAUGAGAACAGCGACAACAGCAGCGAGUGUGUGGUUUGUUUAUCAGACCUGCGUGACACACUGAUUCUCCCUUGCAGGCACCUGUGUCUGUGCAAUGCCUGUGCUGACACACUGCGUUACCAGGCCAACAACUGCCCUAUCUGCAGACUGCCAUUCAGAGCCCUGCUCCAGAUCCGAGCCGUGAGGAAGAAAACAGCCGCCUCUCUUUCCCCGGUUUCCUUUAGCCCAGUGCUGUCCCAAAGCUCUGACCAUACUGAGCAUUCGUCUCAGAAUGCCGACAACAUCCCUCCCGGGUACGAGCCCAUCUCCCUGCUUGAAGCCCUAAACGGGGUGCAACCCAUGUCCCCUUCAAUCCCAUCAGCACCUCUCUACGAGGAGAUCCAAUUUUCGGGGGAGAUGGGAGAUCCCCUCAACCUGACUGGGCGACAGCAAAACGCAGAUCCCGCAUCAAUGAAGGGCAAAGGUAGCAAGUCACCAGACGGGUCUACACGUUCUCCCUCAUCCCCCAUACAGGAGGAGGAAGAUGAGGAGAGAAUGUCAGAACUCUCUGAUACCCAACCUCCUUCUGUUCUGCCUUGCAGUCUCAGUCCCACUGAGGCCACUGCAGAGGGUGUGUCCAACAAUCCUGGUUUCCCAAAUUCAGGUUCAGACAGCAGAUCACUGAGUGUGUCUGUGAGUGAAAUUCUGCAGGACUGCCACAGCGAGCGCAGCAGCCUGAGCCGGACAGAAAGUGACCCCUCAGCAGAUCUGGCCUUGCCUGCGUCUGAGUCAUGGUCCACUGCUGUAGAGGAAUGUUGACUCUGGGUCAUCAGAGUCCAUAGAGAGUCUGAAGAGUCAGAGCACCAGCAGCUCCAGUCAGCCUCUGCUCUGCCUCCCCAGCACCCUCCGCAUGGAAGAUGAGCAUCUCGCUUCAUAAACGCUUCAUCUACCCGCUGUCUCAACCUCCACCACGCUAUUCAAUCUGUUCCCAAUCCAAGACACUAAUUCAGAUGAUUACUUCUUAUCACAAUCAAAGUCUUAUAGAGUCCAAGACAUUUCUCUGUGAAGUAGAAACAUUACACAUGAGUUUAACGCACUAGCUUCUAGAAAACUUUAUAAAGAAAAGACGUUUAUAGGACCGUCAUAGCAUUUGCCUUGAGAGUACAAAACUUUUGAAUGGUUCAAUUUCCUUUAAUGGAUGCACAGCUUUCUUGAAGUGCAGCUUCAUGGUGUUUUAUGACUGUACUUGAUACGUUUUCUGUAAUCAGCAAAUGAACACUAAGUGCAUCAGUUACCAUCUAUGUCUGUAUCUUAUAUAUUUGUUUUGUGCCUUACAGUACUGUGUUGGCUGUCCUUUCGUCCUCCCGUCGAAACAUACAAAGUGGGAAGCUGUAGCACUUUUUGAAGCUUUAAUGAGUAGUUUAUAGAGGGAUCUGCCAUCAUUUACAGUGACAUAUCUGAUGCUUUUUAGUGAAUUCACUGCUGCUUAUCUAUGUCAGGCACCUUUAAAAGUUAUGUAUAUUUGUAUGUAGUAAAAUGUUUUAUCAUAAAGUGUUGUGCACUAA